GCCGCCGGGUGGGGUGGGAGGGGCGGGAGUCGCCGCCGCCGCCGCCGCCGCCUCCCGGGUGGGCGCCCUUCGCCGCGGACGCCGGCGGCCCGGGACGAGGCUCUCGUCACCUUAAAUGGUUUUGAACCAAUGAAGCUGUGUUCCCUUAGAGAGACGGACAGCCCAUCGUGUGAACUGUAGUUUGUGGGCAGAUCUAUAUUGGGUGCGUAGUGGCGUCAUGCACGCAGACUCCUGCGAGUUCCCCUAAGUUCUUAGAGGACCGCUUUGCCUUUUGAAUCAGAGAGUUGCAAAGUUCCCUAAAGAAUGGCCCUUGUGGAUAAGCACAAAGUGAAGCGACAGCGGCUGGACAGGAUUUGUGAAGGUAUCCGCCCCCAGAUCAUGAACGGCCCCCUGCACCCCCGCCCCCUGGUGGCCCUGCUGGACGGCAGAGACUGCACCGUGGAGAUGCCCAUCCUGAAGGACCUGGCCACCGUGGCCUUCUGUGACGCGCAGUCCACGCAGGAGAUCCACGAGAAGGUGCUGAACGAGGCCGUGGGCGCCAUGAUGUACCACACCAUCACCCUCACCAGGGAGGACCUGGAGAAGUUCAAGGCCCUCAGAGUGAUCGUGCGGAUCGGGAGCGGCUACGACAACGUCGACGUCAAGGCCGCCGGCGAGCUAGGGAUCGCCGUGUGCAACAUCCCAUCUGCAGCCGUGGAAGAGACGGCCGAUUCCACCAUAUGCCACAUCCUCAACCUGUACCGGCGGAACACGUGGCUCUACCAGGCGCUGCGGGAAGGCACGCGGGUGCAGAGCGUGGAGCAGAUCCGCGAGGUGGCCUCGGGGGCGGCCCGCAUUCGUGGGGAGACGCUGGGCCUCAUCGGCUUUGGUCGCACGGGGCAGGCGGUUGCUGUUCGAGCCAAGGCCUUUGGAUUCAGCGUCAUAUUUUAUGACCCCUACUUGCAGGAUGGGAUAGAGCGGUCCCUCGGCGUGCAGAGGGUCUACACCCUGCAGGACCUGCUGUACCAGAGCGACUGCGUCUCCCUGCACUGCAACCUCAACGAGCAUAACCACCACCUCAUCAAUGAUUUCACCAUAAAGCAGAUGAGGCAAGGAGCCUUCCUGGUGAAUGCGGCCCGCGGGGGGCUGGUGGACGAGAAAGCCUUAGCCCAGGCCCUCAAGGAGGGCAGGAUACGAGGGGCGGCCCUCGACGUGCACGAGUCGGAGCCCUUUAGCUUUGCUCAGGGUCCGCUGAAAGACGCCCCGAACCUCAUCUGUACCCCGCACACGGCCUGGUACAGCGAGCAAGCCUCGCUAGAGAUGAGAGAGGCCGCCGCCACCGAGAUCCGCCGAGCAAUCACAGGUCGCAUCCCGGAAAGCUUGAGGAACUGUGUCAACAAGGAGUUCUUCGUCACUUCAGCUCCUUGGUCAGUAAUGGAUCAGCAAGCAAUUCAUCCCGAGCUCAAUGGCGCCACAUACAGAUACCCGCCAGGCAUCGUGGGCGUGGCUCCGGGAGGACUUCCUGCAGCCAUGGAAGGGAUCAUCCCUGGAGGCAUCCCCGUGACUCACAACCUCCCAACAGUGGCCCACCCCUCUCAAGCUCCCUCGCCCAACCAGCCCACAAAACACGGGGACAAUCGAGAGCACCCCAACGAGCAAUAGCAGAGAAUGCAGAAUGGUGAUCACUCAGCUACACUCGGGACCAAGAGACAGUGAAACACACAUGAACUAAGAAAAGGAAUUUGACAGUCUUUUUACCUGAUUCUGGACAUACGCAUCAUUGACGUUGCAGUGUUAAACCACAAGAGCGAGAAGACGGAAGACGCCGUCUGCUUACGGAAGCGUGGAAGAGACUAGGACGUGACUUAUUAACGACCAACUUCUGUUAUUGUAUGUUAAGUUUUUCAUCUGUGCAUCAAAUCACAAAGAAUAAAUAGAGCUUUUUCCUUUAUCAGUUCCUUGGGCGCGGCAGGCCCUGAGCUCCUUGCUCUAGAAUGUUGCAUCAAGAGUUCCAAACAUCAAAAUAAAAAUAUUAAGAGGAAUCCC